UUAAAGAGAACUAUCGUUCAAAGUAAUAAGCUGGAGCAGAAAUGUGCGACGAGGAAGUAGCGGCAUUGGUAGUAGACAAUGGAUCCGGUAUGUGCAAAGCCGGAUUUGCCGGUGAUGAUGCACCUCGAGCUGUAUUUCCAUCAAUAGUCGGACGACCGAGGCAUCAGGGUGUCAUGGUCGGUAUGGGUCAAAAGGAUUCAUACGUAGGCGAUGAGGCUCAGUCGAAGAGAGGUAUCCUGACAUUGAAAUAUCCAAUUGAGCACGGCAUUGUCACAAACUGGGAUGACAUGGAGAAAAUCUGGCAUCAUACCUUCUACAACGAACUUCGAGUUGCUCCCGAGGAACAUCCAGUAUUACUUACCGAAGCCCCAUUGAACCCAAAGGCAAACAGAGAAAAGAUGACUCAGAUCAUGUUCGAAACAUUCAAUACUCCGGCUAUGUAUGUUGCCAUCCAAGCUGUCCUGUCUCUGUAUGCUUCCGGUCGUACUACUGGCAUCGUACUUGAUUCCGGUGAUGGCGUCACUCAUACUGUACCAAUUUACGAAGGUUACGCACUUCCGCACGCAAUUUUGCGUCUGGAUUUGGCUGGACGGGACUUGACAGAUUACUUAAUGAAGAUCCUCACUGAACGUGGUUACUCAUUCACAACCACGGCUGAGCGUGAAAUUGUGCGUGACAUCAAGGAGAAGUUGUGCUAUGUCGCCUUAGACUUCGAGCAGGAAAUGGCAACUGCUGCAUCGUCCUCGUCCCUUGAAAAGUCUUAUGAAUUGCCUGAUGGCCAAGUGAUUACCGUAGGCAACGAACGAUUCCGAUGCCCAGAAGCUCUAUUUCAGCCAUCCUUCUUGGGUAUGGAAUCUGCUGGUAUUCAUGAAUCAACAUACAACAGCAUCAUGAAGUGUGACAUCGACAUCCGAAAGGAUCUUUAUGCUAACAUUGUCCUAUCCGGUGGCACAACUAUGUAUCCUGGCAUUGCUGAUCGAAUGCAGAAAGAAGUGACAGCCCUGGCACCAAGCACGAUGAAGAUCAAAAUUAUUGCACCACCAGAGCGCAAAUACUCCGUAUGGAUUGGUGGCUCCAUCUUGGCUUCCCUAUCCACCUUCCAACAGAUGUGGAUCUCGAAGCAGGAAUACGAUGAAUCUGGCCCAUCAAUUGUACAUCGUAAAUGCUUCUAAGCUUUUUCAUUGCUUGUAUAUCAAUCGAAACGUAUACGAAAGUGCUCAAACAGCAUCUGCAACAUGCGUGCACACUACGCUUUCAUAUAUCGCCUUCUUACACAUGCUUUUUAUCAUUAUUAUCUUAUCUGGUGCUGGAAACCUCUCAGAAUGAUUCUCUGAUAUUAAAAGAUGUCAAACAAAGGAGUUGUUCUGUUGCCUGUUCAAAAUUCUGUAACAACACUGCCAACCUUAACUUUCUUAGAUGACAUAAAGUUCUC